AUGAUAAUCAACUGUGGUCCUCUGGUAGGUUUCACCCAGACAAGAUAUGUGAUUCACAUGUCCACAGGGAAACGCCUGGUGCUGUUUCGCCUGCCGUCGAUCGACCAGACCAGCUCAAAACCAAACGAAAAGCAAGGAUGGUCCUACUACGCCAUGGAGGCGGAAUGUCCUCAUGCGGGCGGGCCGAUGGCGGACUCAUUGAUUGAUAUCGAGGACUCGUCAUACGUAGCCAGCUGUCCCUGGCACGCAUAUGAUUUCAACGUGGAGACCGGAGAGUCCAGCGUGGGUAUCAAGGCAUGCACAUACCCCGUGGACGUUCGCGGGGAGGAUGUCAUGUUAGAUUUCCCCGUUGAUAAUGAUUCUCGUGUGGAACUCGCGAAGAUUGAGCCCGUUAGCGAAAAAGUUAAAUUGAAAAAUGCGCGACCAUCAGAUAAGCCAGCCAAGCAGGAGGAUCCUGGAAUGGUUCGCUACCUGGAUGAUAAGGCGACGUUAUGCGACUGGGCAGUUCACAUUUUGAAUACUUCUCAUCCUGAGCACAAGAUUGAGUUGACUACGCACCUUUUCGCUAUCUUCACUGAGCGGGAGGCUUCUUCGUCUCCCAUGGAACUUGGCGGAGGCACCGUGGAGGCACCGUGGCAGCCGCCCCGUGAGAAGAUGCUCACAGUCAACCCUGGCGCUAUGCCGAGAACAGGACGAGGAGGUACAUUGAAAAGUCGGAUUGCCAUGCUCCAUGCACUAGCCAAUAUUGAGCUGUGGGCGAUUGAUCUCGCCAUUGAUAUCUGCGUGCGAUUCGCUACGUUCCAGACCGAGAAAACUUCGGCACAAUUACCACGAGCUUAUUUCCAUGACUGGCUGAAGGUUGCGAGCGAUGAGGCCAAGCACUUUUCUCUCCUGCGCACCCGUCUGGAAGAGAUGGGCUCGUCCUUUGGUGCUCUGCCUGUUCAUCACAGUCUUUGGUUGUCCGCUCAGGAAACCGCAUACGAUCUUCGCGCACGAAUAAGCAUUAUUGCUCUGGUCCAUGAGGCUAGAGGUCUGGACGUGAACCCCAUGACUAUUCAGAAGUUCCGCGUCUCCGGUGACAGCGAGAGCGUCGAAGCGCUCGAGGUUAUCCACCACGAUGAGAUUACACAUGUUACUACUGGCCACCGAUGGCUGACCUGGAUCUGUAGUCAGGAGGGAACCGACCCUGUGCAGGUGUUCCGCUCCAACGUCUCGAAACAUUUCCGGGGACCUCUCCGGGGGCCAUUUAACGAGGAAGCUCGCUUGGAGGCGGGUAUGGACAAACGAUACUACGAAGAGAUGCCGAGUGUGGUUGCAGCUUCAUAA